AUGGAGCCCAAAUCAUUGUUGAAUCUACAGGUAGUCAUCUCAGCACCAUCUGCAGAUGCAUCGAUGUUUGUAAUGGGUGUGAACCACGAAAAGUACGAUGCUGCUAAAAAGCACAUUAUCAGUAAUGCUUCUUGCACCACAAACUGUCUUGCUCCACUUGUUAAGGUUAUCAAUGACAGCUUCACAAUCAUCGAAGGACUUAUGACUACCGUCCACGCCGCAACGGCGACGCAGAAAACAGUUGAUGGCCCAUCAGGAAAGCACUAUGGUGAUGGACGUGGUGCAGGCCAGAACAUCAUCCCUGCUUCGGCUGGUGCUGCCAAGGCUGUCGGCAAGGUCAUCCCAGCUCUAAAUGGAAAACUCACUGGAAUGGCCUUCCGUGUGCCAACCCCUGAUGUCUCGGUAGUCGAUCUCACUUGCCGUCUGCAGAAAGCGGCUUCCAUGGAUGACAUCAAAAAGGUCGUCAAGGCAGCCUCUGAGGGUCCAAUGAAGGGUAUUUUGGGAUACACAGAGGAUCAGGUCGUGUCGACUGAUUUCGUCGGUGACCACAAUUCUUCGAUCUUCGAUGCUGGAGGGCUGUCUACAAGGAUAAUCACGCGUAUUUUGAGGACGUUGAAAAAGGCACAGCUGGAGCAGGCCGUUUCCCCAGGGAUCGGUCAUAUGUUGCCGACUGUUGCCGAGAGCGCAUAA